CCCCGCGGCUGCCCCAUGCCGCGCCCGGCCCGCGGCCGCACCCGAACCCCGCGGUGGCGCCGCUGUCACGGAGCGGGACCGCGCGAGUCCUCCCGGCCGGCAGGGGGCGCGCUGGCCGCCGCGCGCACGGUUCCGUGCGUCUUUCCCGGGGGGUGGGGCGGCGGGUGCGUGACGUUUCGGCUGCCCGUGGCGCGCCGGCGUGACGUCACGGCACGUCGGGUUCGCGACGGCGGCUGGAGAGGGUCAGGGCGCUCGGCCGCCGCCCGGGCUCCCGGCGCUAUGGAGGCGGCGGCGGCUCCGGCCGCGUCCUCCGGUGCCCUGGUCCCCGCUGCCGCCGCGGGCACCGCCGUGACCACGGGGAAGGAGGUGACUCCGCCGGCCCCGAGGCGCACGAAGAAGAUCCUGGAUGAAGAGGCCUACAUCGAGGGCUUAGAGAAAAUCAUACAGCGGGACUUCUUUCCUGACGUGGAGAAGCUGCGGGCACAGAAGGAGUAUCUGGAGGCUGAAGAAAACGGUGACUUGGAGAAAAUGAGACAAAUUGCUAUCAAGUUUGGCUCAUCCUUGGGCAAAUCAUCGAGGGACACACCUGCACCCUAUGUCACUCCAGCCACGUUUGAAACGCCAGAAGUGCAUCCGGCUGGUCUUCCACCGGGGAAUAAAUCCAAAGCUGGCAUCAAAGCUGCAGAGGAAGGAGAUGCAGAAAGAGAUGAUAAAGAUGCGCUCCCCAAUCUGGACAGCUUCUUGGCAAAACACACGAGUGAAGAUAACGCUUCGUUUGAGCAGAUCAUGGAAGUGGCCAAAGAGAAGGAGAAGGUCAAGCACGCCUGGCUGUACAGUGCAGAGGAGGAGUACGCGCAGCGACGCAGUGAGAACUUGGCACUUCCUUCAGCAGAGCAGCAGGCUCUGGAGAAUGUGAAAGCUGGACUGGAGACCUGGGAGUACACGGCUCGAAACACCCUCAUGUAUUAUCCGACAGGUGUACCUGACAAGGAUGAUGUAUUUAAGAAGCCCAGGGAAGUUGUCCAUCGAAACACCCGUUUUGUGAAGGACCCUUUCUGCCAAGCUGUGAGCAAGUCACAGCUCCAACAAGCUGCAGCCCUCAAUGCUCAGUACAAACAAGGCAAAGUAGGACCAGAUGGGAAAGAACUGAUACCUCAAGAGUCUCCAAAAGUGAAUGGAUAUGGAUUUGUGGCUACUCCCUCUCCUGCCCCUGGUGUGAACGAGUCUCCUUUUAUGACAUGGGGUGAAAUUGAAAGUACCCCUUUGCGUAUAGAAGGGUCAGAAACACCAUAUGUGGAGAGAACACCUGGACCAGCCUUCAAGAUCCUGGAGCCUGGGCGCCGUGAGAGGUUAGGACUCAAGAUGGCCAAUGAAGUGGCAGCUAAAAACCGAGCAAAGAAGCAGGAGGCUCUUCGAAAAGUGACAGAAAACUUGGCCAGCCUCACUCCAAAAGGACUAAGCCCAGCAAUGUCACCAGCUUUGCAAAGACUAGUAAACAGGACUGCAAGUAAAUACACCGACAAAGCCCUGCGAGCCAGCUAUACUCCUUCCCCAGCCCACACAGGAACUCCUGGUUACAAGACCCCAGCAAGUGGGCCUCACACACCCACAGGCACCCCACAAUCUAGGACAGUGUCUCAGACACCGGUCUCUCAGGAUACUACAUCGAUCACAGACAAUUUACUGCAGCUUCCUAAAAGAAGGAAGGCAUCUGAUUUCUUCUGAAUGCUCCAGUCACCAGCAAGGCGAUAGUGAACUGGCUGCGCUCAGCUGUCUGCGGGCAGGAUGUUGUGAGACGUCGGUAGCAAGGGGUGUCUAGAUACAGCUGCCAGAAUGGAAACCAGAGGUUACAAGAUCUGGGACCAGCGCUACUCCAGAUUGUGAAGCCAAAGAGCCUGUGGUGUGCUUUUUGGAAGCAGAGUAUCUUCUGCUGUGGUGUUACUUCCCUUUGAACUGCACGGGGGGGGAUGCACAGGACUGUUGUAGCAACAGGUUCUUCCUGCAAUGGCAGAGAAGAUUCUGGACUCUUGGAAAACAGCGAUAAUUUUUUUUUUAAGAUAUAUUUCUCUUUUUAAGAUGGCUAUGCAUUUAAAUACAUUUCUGCACAGAUAUGUCUAUUUAUAAAAUGUGGUAAGCCUUCCUAAAAGGUUGAACUGGACUUGAUUCCAGCUUGUCAAGCUUAUUUGGUUUUGUACUUUGCAGAAGAGGGGGUAUAAACAUCUAUGUAUUGAGACAUGACCCAGAAUUUUAGAGGGCUUCUCUUUAAUUUCAGUGUUUAAACUGAUCCUCUUGAAUGUACAGUCGGCCUGUCAGGAGAGUUGGUAUGUUAUGAAAACAGUAUGCAUACAGUUUCAGACAUCAGUUCACACUUUCUAAUAACCUGCCUUUUUACUUUCUGAAUCCAAAAUGUGGUUGAUACACGUGUGAAUUCUGCAGCUGGUGUAGUCAGGGACUUGAGAACCGUGAGCAUAAGAGCUGUUAAGUGUCAGCAGCAUUGAAAGAAACUUUCCAGUGUGUUUUGACAGUAACUUCUCAUUCCCUCAAACCAUAUCAGAGACAGGUCUUUUGAGAAUAAUAGUGUUAAGCUGUUUAUUCACCUCA